GCAGCUCUGGAGCUCGAGGAGCAGCAGCAGCAGCUACGGCUACGACUGGAGCAGCAGCAGCACCAAGAACAGGCGGCCGCGGCGGCCGCUGCUGCAGCAGCAGCAGCAGCAGCAGCAGCUCACCAGCAGGCGGCUCUCAUUUACCGUAGGCGGCCCUGGCCGGCCACCCAUCAUCACCAUCACCACCAGUCUGCAGCUAUCAGCGCCGCAAUCGCUAGCUCAGCGAACGCUCAUCAGCUCCUGGCCGGACACCCUUACCUCCAGAGCUUGCAGCGCCAACACCAGUACCAUCAACAACAACAACAACAGCAACAACAGCAACAGCAAUUAAACUCGGCGAUUGCAGCGGCAAACAUUGGUAGCCCUGGUGGUCCGGGUGGCAGCGCUCUGAUCCAACAGCAUCACCUGCAGCAGCUCGGAGGUGGGGAGCUGGAUAGUAACGCGCACCAGAGGUUGACGGCGCGCUCGGUCCAAGCGAUCUUGGCGGCGGCGGCGGCAGGCCGAGCCGUCCUGGAGCCCGGCAGUGGGCCGGGUAUCCUGCCGACGGCAGCCACCAUAUCGGCAGCGAGUGCACUGCCGAUCGCCCCGAGCUCGCCCCUUCAGGCUUGCAGGGGCGGUAGCUUCGCAGCCGGCGCGAGCUUCGCCGCGACGAGCGUAGCGACGACCAUAGCGCCUCCGGCGCUCAAACGACCCAGGCGGGACACCUCUGUUUGUAGUCCAGAGGAGGCCACCGUCCUCGCCGCCGCCGCCGUCCCAGCUACCUCCUCCUCGUCGUCGUCGUCCUCGUCGCCGCCUCCGGCCAGCACCGCGGUUGUCGCCGGUCAGCACCAUCACCACCACCACCAUCACCUGCAUCACCAGCAGCUACUUCAACUGGCAACCUCCAAUAGUAACAACAUCAACAAUAACAACAACGGUAGUAGCAGCACCCCGGUGACAGUAGUCGCUCAGAGUAACGGUGCAGCGGCUGCACCGCCCGUGCCCUCCUGUCCCUCCGAGCAGCAGCAAGCUACGGCAGCCGGCUGCAUUAUGGAAGCACCGCUUUCGCAGAGCAUGGACUCGGUCAACACCGUGGCCACCUGCGAGGAUGAGGUGCGCACCCUGUUCGUCAGUGGCCUGCCGAUGGAUGCCAAGCCGAGGGAGCUCUACCUUCUCUUCAGAGCGUACGAGGGCUACGAAGGCUCUCUGCUGAAAGUGACGAACAAAAAUGGAAAGACAGCCUCGCCGGUGGGCUUCGUGACCUUUCACACGAGGGCUGGCGCCGAGGCUGCAAAACAGGACCUUCAGCAGGGGGUUAGAUUCGAUCCUGACAUGCCACAAACCAUACGUUUGGAAUUUGCAAAAAGUAACACAAAGGUUAGCAAACCCAAGCAACCAGCCGCUGCAGCAGCCACCUCGCACCCCGCUCUGAUGCACCCUCUAACUGGACCCCUAGGAAGCCCGUUCUUCCCGGGUGGACCCGAGCUCUGGCACCAUCCAUUGGCUUACUCGACCGCGGCGGGGGAGUUGCCCGCCACGCUGCAACACGCCACCCUCGUGCAUCCCGCGUUACAUCCACAGGUCCCCCAGGCGCCCAUGUCUUUGCCCCAUCCGACAGCCCUGACGUCGAUCCACGCCUCGAUGCCGCACUUCUUGUCGUCGCCGGCGCUCGCCUCGCCCGUUGGCUCGUCCUCGUCCCAGCCGAGCAUCGCCGUCAGCAACGCGCCCUGCUCCACCCUGUUCGUCGCCAACCUCGGCCAAUUUGUCUCCGAACACGAGCUCAAGGAAAUUUUCAACAGUUUUCCUGGUUUCUCCCGGCUUCGUAUGCACAGUAAGGGCGGCUCGCCGGUGGCUUUUGUCGAAUUUCAAGACGUGCGCUACGCCGCGCAAGCGAUGGCCACGCUCCAGGGCUCCCUCCUAGUCUCCUCCGACCGGGGAGCCAUAAGAAUCGAAUACGCAAAGUCGAAAAUGGCCGAGGUGGGCGUAACUAAUCUCUGGAUGGAAGGAUCCAAGGGAGAAGAAAACGGGCAACUUUAAGAUCGACAUAAACGGCAUGUGAGGCUACCGCGGCGCGAAAGGAGUCGCCGAGUCGUGUCGCUCGAACAACAGCUGCAGCAACACCAACUCGAGGCGAACGAUACCACCACGGACGAUCAUUAUGACCACGAGAACAACAGCUACGACAAUUACCACUGCUACGAUUAUCGCAGCAAAGCGCCGUCACGGCUACUGCGAAGAGGCCAACAGAUGUACCAUCAGGGUUGUCGCGACGUCGCUGGGGCGCGAGGGUGACGUUUCGCGCGCACGGGGCGCGUAGUAUGGUAAUGCAACGGGACGAAGGAGCUUGGAGAACUGCAGUUAGCCGAGAGUUACAAAAAAAAAAAAAAAAAAAAGGAGGACCGUGGGACUGAUUCGCGGCUUUUUUAUCAGCUUUGUCGGGGAACGUGUAUAAGCGAGUACAGGAAUAGGGAGACCGGCAGGUUCUUCGGUCUCGCUCGAAUAUUUUUCCUUUCUUCCUUUUUUGGGCUACUUGUUUGUAGUAUAUACAUACGUAUCGAUAUUAUU